UUUACCUGCUACCCACACAUCCAGUCAGUGAUCAAAUCUUGUUACAUUCAAGUUGUUAAUAUUUCUUUCUUUUUUUGAAAUUGAAAUAAAGUGCACACAAAUCCUUGGGGUACAACUUGAUGAAUUUUUCAUACGCGCUGCAGCUGGAUAGCUAUCACCCAGCUCAAGAUAAAGGGCAUUUUCUGUACCGCAGAAGGCUUCUGUUCUUUCCAAGACUGUACUUGCCGACUCAGUCAAAGGGGCCAGUGUCAUUUGAGGAUGUGACUAUGGGCUUCACCCAGGAGGAGUGGCAGCACCUGGACCCUGCUCAGAGGACCCUGUACAGGGACGUGAUGCUGGAGAACUAUAGCCACCUCAUCUCAGUGGGGUAUUGUGUUACCAAACCAGAGGUGAUUUUCAAAUUGGAGCAAGGAGAAGAGCCAUGGAUGUUAGAGGAAGAGUCCCAAAGUCAGAGCCACCCAGAAUUAAUCAUUAGUAAUAGACACUCCUUUGUAAGGCAGCUUGAUGAGUUUAAUACACAUGGGAAAUUACUCCUCUGUACAAAGCACAGGAAUUCUCAUUCUAGAGAGAAAUCUUUAGAAUAUGAUAGAACUGGAAAAGCCAUUAGUCCAAAUGACAUAUUUCAGCAUCAAGAUACUCAAAUUCUGAAGCUUUCUUCUGAAUAUAAUGAAUGUGGGAAAGCCUUCAAUGAGGGGGCGACUUUCAUUACCCAUAAGAGAGCAAGCUCAUGGGAGAAGCCCUAUGGAUGUAAUGAACAUGUCAAAGCCUUUUCUGAUAGACCAACAUUCACUGUUCAUCAGGGAACUCAUACAAGGGAGAAUCACUAUGAAUUGAAUGACUGUGGGAGGUGGUCUGUUUGUGAGAAGUCAAAUUUAAGUAAGCACCAUGGAGUUAUCAUGGAGAAGAGAUACUAUGAGUGUAUUGAAAGAGAGGAAACCUUUAACUGUUUUGAAGAUUGGGAAGUAUUCUGCAAGAAGCCAAAUUUCAUUCAGCAUCAAGAAACACAUAUAGGGAAAGAAGUCUAUAAAAUUAAUCAGUGUGCUACUGCAUUUUACAAGAAGCCAAAGCUUCCUACAUAUCAGAAAACAGAUAUAAGAGAAAAACUCUAUGAAUGUAGGGAAUGUGGGAAAACCUUCAGCCAUAAGUCAUCUCUCAUCCUACAUCAGAGGAUACACAGAGGGGAGAAACGCUAUGAGUGCACCAAAUGUGGGAAAACCUUUGGGUAUAGGUCAGGCCUCACAGUACAUCAGAGAACACACACAGGGGAGAAACCCUAUGAAUGUAAUGAAUGUGGAAAAAAUUUCUGUGAGAAGUCAGAUCCCUGUGUACAUCAGCGAACACACAGAGGGGAGAAACCCUAUGAAUGUAAUGAAUGUCAGAAAGCCUUCAGUGCUAGGUCAGCUCUCACAGUACAUAAGGGAAUACAUAGUGGGGAGAAACCCUAUGAAUGUAAGGAAUGUGGGAAAACUUUCUCCCAGAAGCCAAACUUCAUUAAUCACCAGAGAACUCAAGGAGAGAAAACCUAUGGAUGUCACAAAUGUGGAAAAUCCUUCUCUGUGAAGUCGAAACUGAGGGAACAUCAGAGAACACACACAGGAGAGAAGCCUUAUAAAUGUAAUGAGUGUGGGAAAACUUUCUACCAUAAGUCAUCCCUCACAGUACAUGAGAGAACCCACACAGGGAAGAGACCCCAUGAAUGUAACCAAUGUGGGAAAACCUUCUAUCAGAGUCACUCCUCACAACACAUCAGAGAACACACUAGGGAGAAACACUACAGGUGUAAUGGAACCUUUCACCAGCAUCUCGAUUUCAGUAAACAGCAGAGAAACAGUACUAAGAAGAAACCCCUAUUUCCUGGCACAGUUGUGAAGUGGAUGCUUGCUCAAGAUUUAGUCACUGUAGACAGGUUUGUGACAGCAGAUGACCAGAACCUGGGGUCCAGCAACCCCACUCCUCCUUGUGAAAUCCGCAGAGACAUCCUUGAAGGUUACUGGUUCCUAAAAGAUGAAGCACAUUCCUCCUCAACUGACAACCAUCUGCACAAAGGGCCCCAGAAGGAAGGCCUCAGCCUGAAGGGGCACCACCACACCACCCUCCUCAGGAAACUGAGGACAACCAGGUGCCCCGGCAGGAGUGACUCUACCCCACUAGUCACCAAAGCAGCAGCAGCUGUUUCCUCCAGGCUCUCCUCUAAGGUCACAGUCUCCACUGUGUCUGAGGAGAGGGAUGAGAGAUUUCGGCUGCCCGAGACGCCUGAAGGCCUGACUCGUUUCUGGGGUGCAGGGGCUCUGACGCAAUCUCUUUUCAUCACGGACAGGGCUGUGGGACGGAAACUUCGGUCUCUCACAGGAGCCCCUCUCGGUCCCCUAACGUCCACUGAAAUCCUCCUUCGAAUAUGGCCAGUCACCGGCGCGGAAAAGCCGGCCCGUACGGAUUGCGCGGGCGGCCAUACCGCUCUCACCUCCCACGUGGAAUCCGACACCUGGAAGCACAGGAUUCGCUAUACGGCCCCCGCUCCAGCGCCUACAGACCCGAACUACAAGUCCCAGAAAGCAGCGGGUGGGCCUCGCCCACUUCCGGCGUCGACCCUUAGGCUUCGCGAGGCGCUUCGCCCAAGGAGCGCGGCUCCGGCAUGCCCGGCUUGCACCUGUGUCUCGGCUGUAAAUACAGUGAGGGUGGUCACGGCUCUUCAGCGCGCGCAGCUUUCUGGCCCAACCCUCCCAGCUUGGUCGGGAACGGCUGCCGCCGGACGGGGGCACAAAGACCUGGUGCGCUCCUCCUUUCCCCGAGGGGUUGGCUUAGUCAAGAUUCUUUGUCCUUGCCUGGGAGAACAGUUCAGGGGACAGACGGCCCCAAGACUACCAAGAACCCACAUCCAGGGAUCACUGACGUUUGGGGAUGUGGCUGUCGCCUUUACCCAGAUUGAAGGGAGACACCUGGGUGCUGCUCAGUGGGCCCUGUACAGGGAUGUGAUCCUGGAGGACUAUGGCAAUCUGGUGUUUGUGGGGCUUCUCUCUUCCAAACCCAAGCUAAUAACCCAGUUGGAGGAAGAGCCAUGGAUGGAAGUACAAGAGGUUCCAUCAGGUACCUAUGCAGUUCAGGAGUACAUAUUUGAAACAAAGAUGUCAGCCCUACAGCAAAAUACUUCUGAGAGAUCUGAUUUGGGAGAACAAACAAAAAGUGUCAUGAUGGAAAGAAGCCUGGAUUGGGAAGGCAGAAGUUGCAUAGAGAAGGCACACUAUAAAUGCGAGGAAUGUGGGAAAGUCUUCAAAUAUAAUUCCUCCUUUAUUAGCCACCAGAGAAAUCAUACUGGUGAGAAACCCCAUAAAUGUAAAGAAUGUGGGAUAGCCUUUAUGAGCAGCUCAUCCCUUUUAAGUCAUCAUGAAAUUUACAUAGGCAAGAAAUGUUUCAGAUGUGUUAAAUGUGGGAAAUUCCUCAAGAAGCACUCAACAUUUGUUAAUCAUCAGAAAAUUCAUUCUAGAGAGAAACUCCAUAAAUGCAAUGAAUCGAAAACUUUCAGAAAUAACUCUAUUCUUUUAAGUCACCAUAGAAUUCAUACUGGUUAGAAACCCUACAGAUACAAUGAUUGUGGGAAAGCCUUUGCUCAGAAUUCAGGCCUUGCUCAUUAUGUGAAAAUACAUAGUGGAGAGAAGCCAUUUAAAUGUAAUGAAUGUGGGAAAACUUUCCGGGAUAACUCAGCUGUCUUGUACCAUCAGAGAAUACAUACUGGUGAGAAACUGGAUCAGUGUAAUGAAUGUGGAAAAUGCUUUAGGAAAACCUCAAGUCUUCUUAGUCUUCAAAGAAUGCAUUCAGGAGAGAAACCUUAUCUCUGUAGUAAAUGUGGAAAAUCUUUCAGGUAUAGCUCAUCCUUUGCUGGACAUCAGAAGACUCAUAGUGGAAAUAAACCCCAUCAAUAAACCCCAUUACAUCAAUGUAAUGACUGUGGGAAAGCCUUUAGGAAGAGCUCAGCCCUUAUUGAACAUCAGAGAAUUCUUACUGGAGAAAAGCCCUAUCGCUGUAAGAAAUGUGGGAAAUUCUUCAGGCAUAGCUCUGGCCUUGCUGAACAUCAGAAAAUCCAUACAGGAGAAAAACCUUAUGAAUGUAAUGAAUGUGGGAAGGCUUUUCCUCAGAAUUCAAGCCUCAAACAACAUAAGAAAAUUCAUAACAAAGAAAGAGCCAUCAAAUGUAGUUCGUUUGGUAAAUCAUGCAGAGAUAGUUUAUUCCUUUUUUACCAUCAAGGAGGAGACAUUCAAUAA